AUGAUGGACAGGUUGGACAACGCGUUCGAGUACAUCCAGGUAAGCCUUGUGUGCCCUCGCGUUGUGUACCCUCGCCUUGUGGUGGUAGUGGAGCAAGUUGCAUCUGGUAGCAAGCCGUCGGGUGCUCAUGGCAUGAAGAGGGUGCUGAGCAAGCUCGGUGUAGGGGAGAAGGAGAUGGUGCUGCACUCCUUGUGCCCGGUCGACAUGACCAAGGUGCCGUGCGGCUACGGUGGCGAAGGCUAUCGGUUUCGGGAGACGCGUGGCUGGGUCAAGAAAAUAUCGCCUUUGCUACAGCUGGUCGACCGUACUCUUGAGGAGACGCUACUUCGUGUUGUAUCGGGUGGGGAGGAUGCCGAUGCCGACAUGCGCAAGGAUCUGAGGGACUCAUAUGGAGCGUUGAAGAAACUCAUGAACAAGGAGCAAGUUGGCAGGCUCAAGAACGCCAGGGAUGGUGAUGGUUACGUAGACUUCAGAGACCAAAUGAAGCGUGUACCGGACGGGAGGGGGGGGACUGUAUGGGUUCGAAAUGAAAACGUUCAAAGGUGGUUGGACUCACAUUCGAACAGUUCCCCAUCGAGGUAG